GCUACCACUCCCGAGUCCACAGUUAUUCAUCAAUGUCUACCAAGUAUUCUGAUGACCAGGAAGUGUCCUUCUCACUGUACUGAAAAUACAUGCUGGUCGUAAAACCAAGACCAAGAGAGGGACUUGUCCUAUUGAGAAUGGAUCAACAAUGACAGAAAGCAAAACCUAUAUCGCCAUCACUGUCUCGACUCAAGGUUGAAACCUUGAUCCCCUGGGACCAUGUUGUCCAUCUUCCUGUUUGUGGCUAUUUGCUUGUACGCAAUCCCCGCCUGGUCGCAAGAUGUCGCACGACCAAGCAACACAUCGCUGCAAUGGGGUCCAUAUCGCCCCAACGUAUACUUUGGGGUUCGACCUAGGAUCCCAGACUCACUCUUGAUGGGAUUGAUGUGGUCCAAUGCCGAUCAAGCCUCCUACAAUGGAAUUGCCAAAAAUUUCAGGCAUUCGUGCGACCAAGACGAUGGAGCUGUCAGAUAUGAAUGGAUCCAAUACGAUGCUCGUAAAGGUGGAAUCCAAGUCAUGAAUGAUACAGCCAACCAUCUUGACCUGAUCACCCAAUUUGCAAAAGGUCCAGAGGCCCAGGCUCCUGGAAGCUGGGGCCUCAAGGUGCAUGGAUUUAAACGACCUGGUGCUCGUCGUCGGCAAAAGACAACCCUUGUCUUUUAUAUCGCUGGCGAGAAUAAAGCAUCCAAAAUCAAGUGUAAGAACACUGGCAGGGAAGGCAUUAUUUGCAAAGGCAGAACCCCGGGCGUAGGAAAAUUCACCAUCAGACUUCCAGCAGCCUCCGUCAUCAGCACAACAUCUCGCAAGGUGUCGGUGUACAGCAUGAAAGUAGCCAUCGACUCGGUCUGGCAGGCAAAGACCAUUUUUCUCAAAAGUCUCAAAAAGAACAAGGCUGGUGGAGGCAUGAUCUCCAAUCGACCAGGACUGGGCAAUCUCCAUUUUAUCCAGCUGAUGUUGGACGGUGAUUUCGCCUUUGACCUCACCUUCACUUCUGGAAAAGACCCCGACAUGAUCAAUCCAAACUCCUUGAUUGGGGCAGUUGCCGAUGCUCGAUACACCUUCCAGUCCCGGUUUGAAUCAACCUUCUCUCCAGCGACCCCGUUCACCAACAUCGAACACGUCCACUUCUCCCAGAGCCUACUGUCGAACCUGCUCGGGAGCCUUGGGUAUUUCGACGGCACCUUCACAGUCAACACGGAAGAGGCAUCUUCAAACAAACAAGACGCGACCCCAAAAUACUGGAAUGACGCACUCGCCAAGUUCUCAGAAGCCCGUAUCGAAGAACGCGGACCACACACCCUAUUCAGUGCUGUACCCUCGAGAACUGCUUUCGCCCGCGGCUUUCUGUUCGACGAAGGGUUUCACCUCUUAACUAUCCUCGACUGGGAUCUGGACAUGGGAGUGGAAAUGAUCACAAGCUGGCUGAAUCUCAUAGACGAGCGGGGCUGGAUACCACGAGAGAUGAUUCUUGGCAAGGAAGGUCGCAACCGAGUGCCUCCUGAAUUGCAGACGCAGAAUCCGCACCUCAGCGCGCCGCCAACCAUGUUUCUGGCCAUUCAGAGUCUCCUCGACAAGCUGAAAGGCACAGUGCCCUAUGAUGGAAUGCCCAGCCGACACCACCUGUCAAGGGAUCUGGGAAAGGCGUACCUAAAAUCCAUCUAUCCCAAGCUCAAACUUCACUAUUCAUGGUUCCGCCAGAUCAAUGCGGGCCACCCUGGUCAACCAGCGAUGCCGGCGUCGCUGUCGCCUGAAACCUACCGGUGGCAGUUCAGGACUCGGGAAUUUGCCAUCUCGAGCGGCCUGGCCGACUACCCUCGUCUCGAGCCUCCAUCGACAGACGAGCUGCACGUCGACGCCUUAGCCUGGGUCGGCCUCAUGGCGAGGACGCUCGAAUCAGUAGCGACCUAUCUCUCAGAUGCAGAGGGACAGGAAAUCUUCUCAAAACAAUCAAGCGACAUUCUGCAGAGUCUCGACAAGAUCCAUUGGUCAGAGAAACAGCAAAUGUACUGCGACACCAAAAUGAGCGUCGGUCGCAACGGCUAUGGAGGAGAGAAAGAGAUCGAACACAUUUGCCAUCGUGGAUACGUUUCCAUUAUGCCAUUCCUCCUGGGCCUGCUCCCAGCCAAACAUCCCCAUCUGGGAGCAGUAUUGGACAUGAUGCGGCAGCCGAGCGAGCUGUGGACGUCUCACGGGCUGCGCAGCCUGUCUCCUCGAGACAGCUACUACUCCAAGGGCACCAACAUCUAUCGGGGUCCGAUUUGGGUGCAUUUCAACUAUCUGGCAAUCAAGCAGCUACUGACAGUCGCACAAGAGUCCGGACCGCGCCAGAAGCGCGCCCGCGACAUGUACGCCGCUCUGAGGGUCGGCCUGGUCGACUCCGUCUACCGCACCUACGCCGAGUCUGGCUGGCUGUGGGAGCAAUACCAUCCCGACACGGCCAAGGGCAUGCGCGCUCGCGGCUUCGUCGGCUGGAACUCUCUCCUGGUGAAAAUCAUGGCCAUGCCCGACCUCCGAUCCGCAUCCGCCUCUCGCGUCGAUGCCCUCGACUAUGCCUCCCUUCCUGGUACUGGCGACGAUAGCCACCUCUUCCCCUUGAUUGCUAUUUCAACCCUCUUUCUCGCAACGUAUGUCAACAGGCGUAAGGUUCUGGUUCUCUUGCACAGAUUACUCAGGAAAUAAAGUCGGUAAACCACGGGCGUUCUUUUUGGG